GAUUAAAAAAAAAGGGUUUAUGCAUUUAAAAUAAACGAACAGUGUACCUUAGUACAUUCUGUUCAUACAACCUCUCUUUCUCUCUCUCUCUCUCUCUCUCUCUCUCUCUCUCUCUCUCUCUCUCCUGUAACUUUGCCAUUACAGUGAAAAGAGGGAGAGUAUUCUGUUCAGUUACAACAGAAACAGACGCUUCCAAACGCAACAUGAAAGCUACCAGUUUGGGUUCUGAAAAGGGGACAAAAAAACCUUUGUCUGACAAUGUUCAGAUCUCCAGUUGGCAUAAAAGAUAGCACUCUUGAUUGGAUCUGAAGCAAUCGAAGAUUCCAAAUCCAUGGUCCAACGGAUCCUAUGAAGGUUCUGAGACUUGUGAGAAUCCCUUAAAGUUGGAAACUUUUGGAUUACUCAAUCCUCUCUGGUAGCUAUAAAAGAGUUCACUUGAAGUUUGUUCUCUGUCACACUUCUCACAAAGAUCUGAGACUCUCCCUCUCUCUCUCACUCUCAUUGCCUCCUGUGAAGAUGUCGGCUCUCUUCAUAAAGAUAACGCUAGCCCUGUUCAUCAUAUCACUAACAAUUCCUCAAGAAUCAGAGGCAGAGUUAGAACAGUGGUGUGUGGCCGACGAGCAGACACCAGACGAUGAGUUGCAGGCAGCAUUAGACUGGGCAUGCGGGAAAGGCGGAGCAGACUGCAUCAAGAUCCAACAAAAUCAACCUUGCUUCUUGCCCAACACUGUCAGGGACCAUGCCUCUUUUGCCUUCAAUAGCUAUUACCAAAGGUAUAAGCACAAGGGAGGUUCUUGUUACUUCAAAGGAGCUGCAAUGAUCACAGAACUUGACCCGAGUCAUGGUUCUUGCAAAUAUGAGUAUACACCCUGAUUACAUGGAGAAGAUGAAGAUGAGAUGCAAUAAGAUGAGGAGGAGUGCUUUUGCAAGUGCUAAUGCUUUCUUCCGAGAUUCGGAUCAGUAUGAGUGUAUCAGAGAAGUUCUUGAAUUGGGUUAUGAGAUUUCAGAUCUAUUCACUUCACCCUGAUACUGUUUUGCUACAUUGCACCGAUAAUAAAUACAAAUCUUCACUCA